UUUGGUAUCCAAAAGACCAAAACAAACACCAGACCCGGCCCAUUUGGCCUCAUUAUCCGGACUAGGGUUGGUUAACACUUCUCCCAAUCGCCCCCCUUUUUGUUCCAAGAUCAAUUCUUUUUCUUGUUCACAAACACCCCCCUAAUAAUUUCCAUCCCAUCCCAUAUACAUGGUUUGAUCAUAUUGUUAGUUGGGACAAUGGAAAGUCAAGUUGUGAACAACAAUGAGCGUACAAGAACUUAUUGGACUCCGACAAUGGAGCGCUACUUUGUAGACCUUAUGUUGGAGCAUCUGCAAAAAGGCAACAGGAUAGGGUAUACAUUUAACAAACAAGCUUGGAGUGAUAUGCUUGCUGUAUUUAAUGCAAAUUUUGGAUCUCAAUAUGAUAAGGAUGUACUGAAAAGUCGUUAUACAAAUUUGUGGAAACAUUUUAAGGAUGUCAAUAUUUUGAUUGGCCAAGAUGGAUUUUCUUGGGAUGAAGCAAGAACUAUGGUAGUUGCAGAUGAUUCUGUUUGGGAUGCCUAUCUCAAGGCUCAUCCGGAUGCAAGACUUUACAAGACGAAACCAGUGCAGAACUUCAGUGCCUUAUGUAUGAUAUUUGGGUAUACAACUGCCGAUGGACGAUAUAGUCGUUCUAGUCAUGAUAUGGAUGUUGAUGAUGAAGUCAAUGGAGUGAGUUUAGGUGAUGGACCAGGAAGCACAACACCUUCCACUACCGAGCAUUCAAGGACGGAGUGGACAUUAGCCAUGGAUCAGUUUUUCACCGAGUUGCUAUUAGGUCAACUAAAAAAAGGCAAUAAACUUGAUAGUAAUAGUUCAACUACCAGAGAAGUAUGGACUGAGAUGCUCAAUGUAUUUAAUGAAAAGUUUGGCCCCCACCAUACGAAAAGGGUCUUAAGACAUCGGUACAAGAAACUAUUCAAGUAUUAUACUGACAUAAAGGUUUUGCUCAAACAAGAUGGUUUUUCGUGGGAUCUGAAGGAGCAAAAGGUAGUUGCUAAGGAUGAUGUUUGGGAUGCUUACAUAAAGGCAUACUCACAAGCACGAUCAUAUAGAGCAAAAUCUAUGCCAAAUUUUAAAGAUUUGGAAUCCAUAUUUGAAAGUGCUAUCUUUAAUGGAUCUCGAAGUAAUAAUUUGGUGGAAGAUGUAGGAGCUAAGACUGGCAGCCAUCGUUCCAGAACACAUUGGACCCCACCAAUGGACCGUUAUCUGAUUGAUCUAUUGCUAGGCCAGGUGAAUAGAGGAAACAGAAUUGGGCAGACAUUUGUGGCUCAGGCUUGGAUUGACAUGGUCAAUUCAUUCAAUGCCAAUUUUAGUUCCCACCAUGACAAAGAUGUCUUGAAGAAUCGAUACAAACAAUUGAAGAAACAGUAUAAUGACAUACAUACCCUUUUGGGGGCAAAAGGAUUUUCUUGGGAUGAUGCACGAGAGAUGGUGGCAGCUGAGGAUCAUGUUUGGGAUUCAUACAUUGAGGCCCACCCUGAUGCAAGAUCAUACAGAAUUAAAACUGUGCCGAGUUACCAUAAGCUGUGUGUUGUUUAUGGUCAAAAUAGUUCCGAGGGACAAUAUAGUCAUUUGGCACGCACUGUUUCUGUCUCAAGUACAGGUGAAAGUAACACUAGUUCAUCUUCGGAAGCACAAGAUAAUUGGACAUCUGAAAUGGAUGAAUGCUUUAUAGAACUAAUGUUGGAGCAGCACAAAGGGAAGAUUGUUCAUGGUUUUGAUGAUCAGGUUUGGACGAUGAUUACGUCAUCAUUUAAUGAAAGAUGUAAAGUACAAUAUGACAACCAGGCUCUACAAGAUCGAUAUGCAUAUUUCAUGAAACAGUUCAACGAAGUCAAAUUUCUUAUUAAUCAAAAUGGCUUUUCUUGGGAUGACACUUGCCAAAUGGUUGUAGCUAAUGAUGAGGAAUGGGAGGCUAUGAGCAAGGAACACCCCUAUGCAACUUUGUAUAAGGGUACAGUCUUGAGACACCAUACAAAACUCUCAGUUAUUUUCGGAGGCUUCUCUGCAAAAACCUUAACGACAAAUUCAGAUACUUCGGUUGACAUGGAGACAGACACAAUUGAUAAAAAUCUUCAAAUCUUGCCUAAAGAACCCAAGACAGUCAACAGGAAAAAGCGGGUAAAAAAGUCACAAUUAGCUUCAGUAUGUAGAGGCAAAGUGCAAAAAAACCAAAGUGAUGAUUUAAAAGAAGCUUUUACAGAUAUGGCAAAUGUGGUUUCAAAGUUAGUAAGUGUAGAGACAGAUAAAAAUUAUAGUGGUGCAAUAGAAAAAGCUGUUGAUGCACUUCAAGCGAUACCAGACAUAGAUGAUGAUCUUUUGCUGGAUGGUUGUGAUAUUCUUGAAGAUGAGAAAAAAGCACAGACCUUUUUGGCAUUGGAUGUUUCAUUACGAAAGAAGUGGUUGCUGAGAAAGCUUAGACACUAGUAUUGAUUGGGAACAUCUACUAAUCUUAGCUUGGUGGAUACGAUUCAUUUGCUGCUGGAGAAGGGAUUGGAACGUAUUUUGCACAUAAAAUCUUUUCGGCUUCUACAUCAAUGGGAGCAGGAUCUUAGGUUAUAUACACUUUUCAAGUGAGUUUUUGAUUACACCUAUUAUAGGAAACUUGAUUAAGACUUAGUAGGAUGUAGUUUCUAUUCAUCAUGUGAUGUAAUGAUGGAAUUGUUAAUGUUAUGAUAUACGACUCCGUGUUCUGUUUCCAAAGGAUUGUGAAGAUAUUUCAGUCCGGUGACAACACCAAUGUAUAUCUUAAGGCAUUAGUCCCAUGUGAGACUUGUGCAUACAAGGAUUUGCACUUCACAAGUUUCACAUGUGCGUUAAUGGCUAAAGAUAUCCAUUGGUGUUGUCGUCGGGUUGAAUUACCUUCACAAUCCUUUGGAAACACAAGAUGGUGGCAAAGAGAGCCUUUAGUAUCUCAUUGCACAGUUGUUGAGUGGGAAGCUAAGGUUCCCAAAUGCCUUUUUGUAAACAUAUGUAUUCUCAUAUAUAGUCCGACAUAGAGGUAUAACCAGUGUUUCCCAUGAACUAUUAAGUUUGGACACCGUAGGUGCUUUCCCCUACAAACGUUUUUAA